UAAAUGUGUAUGAAUGCGGCAUUGCCAAGCAAAGUCAUACUUGAAUAGAAUGAUAUAUGUGUGUGUGUGUGAUCAACAAAAACUAGCCAUGCAAGGCAGAUCAAUCUGCGCUAGCCAUGAAGAAGAAGAAAGCAAAUUAUUCUCUUAUUGUUUUCUCUAUUUAUUAAGUCACAAACUCUGGCUGCUUGCAUGCCACAGACUUCUCUGAUGAUGACAUUGCAGUUUUGUUCCUCUGGUACCCCAGUAAAUAUCCAGGCGAAGCAUUUCAUUAUUCCAGGAUUGGGUCGUUAUGAUCACAAGUACUCACCAAAGCUUCCUUCUAAGUUCCCGAAAGCAUCCAUAUUCAACUCGCAUCAAAUUCCGAAUCCUAUUUUGCACCAUCCACCAGUAAAUCAGAGUGUUGCUGCAAUAGUAUUUGGAGACGGAUCAGAGUCAAGGCUUUACCCAUUGACAAAGAGAAGAUCAGAAGGGGCUAUUCCCAUAGCAUCUAACUACAGACUCAUUGAUGCAGUUGUUAGCAACUGCAUUAACAGCAACAUAAAUAAGAUUUAUGCUCUCACACAAUUCAACUCUACUUCUCUCAAUUCCCAUCUGUCAAGAGCCUAUUCUGGAGCAGGUCUAGGGAAAGAAGGGUUUGUCGAAGUGAUUGCAGCAUAUCAGAGCCCUGAAGAUCAGGGUUGGUUUCAGGGAACAGCUGAUGCUAUAAGACGAUGCCUAUGGGUCCUAGAAGAGUAUCCAGUAGCGGAGUUUCUGGUCCUUCCUGGCCAUCAUCUCUAUAAAAUGGACUUCCAAAAGGUGAUAGAAUCCCAUCGCAACAGAAAAUCCGACAUAACUAUUGUUGCUUCAAAUGGUAUUACCAAGAGAGAUCAAGACCCAGGUGUUGGUGUACUGAAAAUAAAUACGGAAAAUCAAGUCAUGCAGUAUAGUUUGAAGUCAAAUAAAGAACCCGUGAACUCUGCAGUAGCUGAAACUUUUACCAGAUGCAGUGACUCUAGUUAUAGUUAUAUUCCAAGUAUGGGAAUCUACCUCAUCAAUAGAGCUACAAUGGUAAAUCUUCUGAAUAAUCAUUUCCCCAAGGCAAUGGACUUUGGGACUGAAGUGAUACGAGGUGCACUAUCUCUAGGAAUGAAGGUUGAGGCAUAUCUGUUUGAAGGCUAUUGGGAGGACAUGGGGAGCAUUGAAGCAUUUUACCAAGCAAAUAUGGAAUGCAUAAAGAAACUAAACACAGGAUACAACUUCUGUGAUAGAGAUUCUCCAGUCUAUACUUUACCUCGAAAUCUGCCUCCUACCAUCGUAAAUGAUGCCAUGAUAACAGAUAGUGUGAUUGGAGAUGGUUGCAUUCUCAACAGGUGCAAGAUCAAAAGUUCAGUGGUUGGAAUGAGGACGAAAAUUGGAGAUGGAGCAAUCAUUGAAGACUCGGUGAUCAUGGGCUCUGACGUAUAUCAGAUUGAAGAUGGCAGAGAGAGCAGCAUUAAGAGUACGAGCGUACCGAUAGGGAUUGGUGAGAAUACUGAAAUUAGAAAAGCCAUUGUAGAUAAAAACGCAAGGAUCGGGAAAAAUGUUAAGAUUAUCAACAAAGAUAAUGUGGAAGAAGGGGAUAGGGAGGCCAAUGGUUAUAUAAUCAGUGGGAGAAUUAUGGUUGUUCUUAGAAGCGCAGAGAUUCCAGACAACAGCAUCUUAUGAUUAUGACUAAGAUUUCGUUCUGAUUUUUCCCCCACAUAUACAUGCAUGUGAUAUGUACAUCACAAAGCCAUAACGAGGGAUUUGAUUAUCAAAAAUAUUUUCAUUUUUUAAAGGAAAAUAGCAUUUAUUAAAUUCA